AGUGACAGUUAAUUGGCUGACAUCUGGUGGGCGGGGACUGCUCGCAGUGACGUCAAACAGCAUACAGCCCUUGACUUUGCCUGAAGAUGUUGGGAGCCGUGCUCAGGAGCAGCGGCGUGCGCCUAUUGGCUGGGAGAUCAGCGGUUCCCGUCCCUCAGUCUCUGGGGAGCAGGAGAUGGCGGUGCAGCAAAUCGGAGGGGGACACGGCCAAAUCGGAAGGUCCGUCCUUUAAGAUUCCUGGACACAGACCCACCACCUUUGAGAAGAAGAUUUUGAUCUGGGGAGGACGAUUCAAGAACGAGUCUGAAAUUCCUGAAAUUGUGUCCUACGAGAUGGUGGAUUCAGCGAAAAGCAAAGUGCGAGUCAAGUUCGCGGUGCUGAUGAUGCUUCUGACCAUCGCGGGCUGCAUCGGCAUGGUGAUAUCUGGGAAGCAGGCCGCCAAGCAUCAGGAAAGUCUGGCCAAGAUGAACCUCGACAGAAAGGCUCGUCACAAGGAGGAAGCUGAGAAGUAGCCGCAGCACAGAGUAUUAUGAGCAAGCACAGGACCUCACCCUCCAAUGAUGUGUAGAUUUUAGCUGGAGUGAUUUCUGUUCCCCACUUGUGACCAUCAGCUCCUCCUGUGCUGUGUUCUAGCUAUUUACAGGGAGUGAUGGGAGUCAGGUACACUGUGGGGGAUGGGAGAGGGCCCCCAAAGCCUCAAGCACCUUAUAUGUGUGGCCAGAAGG